AUACGUGGGAGCGAGGGAGCAAGGGAGGGAGAGAAGGAGGUAGAGAAGAGCGGAGGAGAGGGGAGGGAGCGCAGCUUGGUUGCUCCGUAGUACGGCGGCUCGCGAGGGAGAAUCCCUAGCGGGCUCCGGGACGCACGGAGAGGCGGGCAGGCGGGCGGGGAUGGUGUGUUGGGCUGAGGCUCCUGCGUCCCUCUCCGCCGCAAGUGAGCUGCACUGAUUUGUCCCUGGGGCGGCAGCGCGGACCCGCCUGGAGAUGAGGCGUCGAUUAGCAAGGUAAAAGUAACAGAACCAUGGCUCAGUUUCCAACACCUUUUGGAGGCAGCCUGGAUAUCUGGGCCAUAACUGUAGAGGAAAGAGCAAAGCACGAUCAACAGUUUCAUAGUUUAAAGCCAAUAUCCGGAUUUAUUACUGGUGAUCAAGCUAGAAACUUUUUUUUUCAAUCUGGGUUACCUCAGCCUGUUUUAGCACAGAUAUGGGCGCUAGCUGAUAUGAACAAUGACGGGCGAAUGGAUCAAGUGGAGUUUUCCAUAGCUAUGAAACUUAUCAAACUGAAACUGCAAGGGUACCAACUCCCUUCCACACUUCCCCCUGUCAUGAAACAGCAGCCGGUCGCUAUUUCUAGUGCACCAGCCUUUGGAAUAGGAGGCAUCGCCAGCAUGCCGCCACUCACAGCUGUUGCUCCGGUGCCAAUGGGAUCCAUUCCAGUUGUCGGAAUGUCUCCACCUCUAGUAUCUUCUGUUCCUACAGCAGCAGUGCCUCCCCUGGCUAACGGGGCUCCCCCUGUUAUACAACCUCUACCCGCAUUUGCUCAUCCUGCAGCCACAUUGCCAAAGAGCUCUUCCUUCAGUAGAUCUGGUCCAGGGUCACAAUUAAACACUAAAUUACAGAAGGCACAGUCAUUUGAUGUGGCUAGUGCCCCUCCCGCGGCAGAAUGGGCUGUCCCUCAGUCAUCCAGACUGAAAUACAGACAGUUAUUCAAUAGUCAUGACAAAACUAUGAGUGGACACUUAACAGGUCCCCAAGCAAGAACUAUUCUUAUGCAAUCAAGUUUACCACAGGCUCAGCUGGCUUCAAUUUGGAAUCUUUCUGACAUUGAUCAAGAUGGAAAACUCACAGCAGAAGAAUUUAUCCUGGCUAUGCACCUGAUUGAUGUAGCGAUGUCUGGCCAACCACUGCCACCUGUCCUGCCUCCAGAGUACAUUCCGCCUUCCUUUAGACGAGUUCGAUCUGGCAGUGGUAUAUCUGUCAUCAGCUCAACGGCAGUAGAUCAGAGGUUACCAGAGGAACCAGUUUUAGAAGAUGAGCAACAACAGCUAGAGAAGAAAUUGCCCGUAACAUUUGAGGAUAAGAAGCGUGAGAAUUUUGAGCGUGGCAACCUGGAACUCGAAAAGCGGAGGCAGGCUCUCCUGGAACAGCAGCGCAAAGAGCAGGAGCGCCUGGCCCAGCUCGAGCGCGCGGAGCAGGAGAGGAAAGAGCGGGAGCGCCAGGAGCAGGAGCGCAAGAGACAACUGGAGCUGGAGAAGCAACUGGAAAAGCAGCGGGAACUAGAACGGCAGAGAGAGGAGGAGAGGAGGAAGGAAAUCGAGAGACGGGAGGCUGCAAAACGAGAACUUGAAAGGCAACGACAACUUGAAUGGGAACGGAAUCGAAGACAAGAACUACUCAAUCAAAGAAACAAAGAACAAGAAGACAUAGUUGUACUGAAAGCAAAGAAAAAGACUCUGGAAUUUGAAUUAGAAGCUCUAAAUGAUAAAAAGCAUCAACUAGAAGGAAAACUUCAAGAUAUCAGAUGUCGAUUGACCACCCAAAGGCAAGAAAUUGAGAGUACGAACAAAUCCAGAGAGUUGAGGAUUGCAGAAAUCACCCAUCUACAGCAACAGUUACAGGAGGCUCAGCAAAUGCUUGGAAGACUUAUUCCAGAGAAACAGAUACUCAAUGACCAAUUAAAACAAGUUCAGCAAAACAGUUUACACAGAGAUUCACUUCUGACACUCAAAAGAGCGUUAGAAGCAAAAGAAGUGGCUCGUCAGCAGCUCCGAGACCAACUGGAUGAAGUUGAGAAAGAAACCAGGUCGAAACUACAGGAGAUUGAUAUUUUCAAUAAUCAGCUGAAGGAACUGAGAGAAAUACAUAAUAAGCAACAACUCCAGAAACAAAAGUCCAUAGAGGCCGAACGUCUGAAACAGAAAGAACAAGAGCGAAAGAUCAUAGAAUUAGAAAAACAAAAAGAAGAAGCCCAAAGACGAGCUCAGGAGAGGGACAGGCUGUGGACUGAGCACACGCAGCCGGACAAUGAGCAGCAGCGGCCAAGGAAGAUUCACGAGGACGAGAAACUCCGGAGGGAGGAGAGUGUCAAGAAGAAGGACGGCGAGGAGAAGGGCAGACCGGACACGCAGGACAAGAUGAGUCGGCUUUUCCAUCAGCAUCAAGAACCCGCCAAGCCGGCUGUCCAGGCGCCCUGGUCCACCACAGAAAAAGGCCCACUUACAAUUUCCGCACAGGAGAAUGUAAAGGUGGUGUAUUACCGAGCGCUCUAUCCCUUUGAAUCCAGAAGUCAUGAUGAGAUCACGAUCCAGCCCGGAGAUAUAGUAAUGGUUAAAGGGGAAUGGGUGGAUGAAAGCCAAACUGGAGAACCGGGCUGGCUUGGAGGAGAAUUAAAAGGAAAGACAGGAUGGUUCCCUGCAAACUAUGCAGAGAAAAUCCCAGAAAACGAGGUUCCUGCUCCAGUCAAACCCGGGCCCGACACGACCUCUACCCCUGCCCCCAAACUGGCCGUGCGUGAGACCCCCGCUCCUGUGGCUGUGACCGCUCCAGAGCCCUCCACGACCCCCAACAACUGGGCUGAUUUCAGCUCCACGUGGCCCACCAGCACGAAUGAGAAGCCAGAAACCGACAACUGGGAUGCGUGGGCAGCCCAGCCCUCACUCACCGUCCCAAGUGCAGGCCAGCUACGGCAGAGGUCAGCCUUCACUCCAGCCACGGCCACGGGCUCGUCUCCAUCCCCUGUGUUAGGCCAGGGUGAGAAGGUGGAGGGGCUACAAGCGCAAGCCCUGUAUCCUUGGAGAGCCAAAAAAGACAACCACUUAAAUUUUAACAAAAAUGAUGUCAUCACCGUCCUGGAACAGCAAGACAUGUGGUGGUUUGGAGAAGUUCAAGGUCAGAAGGGUUGGUUCCCCAAGUCUUACGUGAAACUCAUUUCAGGGCCCAUAAGGAAAUCUACAAGCAUCGAUUCUGGUUCUUCAGAAAGUCCCGCUAGUCUAAAGAGAGUAGCGUCUCCAGCAGCCAAGCCAGCCGUUUCGGGAGAAGAAUUUAUUGCCAUGUACACUUACGAGAGUUCUGAGCAAGGCGAUUUAACCUUUCAGCAAGGGGAUGUGAUUUUGGUUACCAAGAAAGAUGGUGACUGGUGGACAGGAACAGUGGGCGACAAGUCUGGAGUCUUCCCUUCUAACUAUGUGAGGCUUAAAGAUUCAGAGGGCUCUGGAACUGCUGGGAAAACAGGGAGUUUAGGAAAAAAACCUGAAAUCGCACAGGUGAUUGCCUGCUACACUGCCACGGGUCCCGAGCAGCUCACCCUGGCCCCUGGUCAGCUGAUUUUGAUCCGAAAAAAGAACCCAGGUGGAUGGUGGGAAGGAGAGCUGCAAGCACGUGGGAAAAAGCGCCAGAUAGGCUGGUUCCCCGCUAAUUAUGUAAAACUUUUAAGCCCCGGGACGAGCAAAAUCACUCCAACGGAGCCACCGAAGCCGACGGCGUUACCGGCAGUGUGCCAGGUGAUCGGCAUGUACGACUACAUCGCCCAGAACGACGAUGAACUGGCCUUCAACAAGGGCCAGAUCAUCAACGUCCUCAACAAGGAGGACCCCGACUGGUGGAAAGGAGAAGUCAAUGGACAAGUGGGGCUCUUCCCCUCCAACUACGUGAAGCUGACCACAGACAUGGACCCAAGCCAGCAAUGGUGUUCAGACUUACACCUCUUGGAUAUGCUGACCCCCACUGAAAGAAAGCGGCAAGGAUACAUCCAUGAGCUCAUUGUGACAGAGGAGAACUAUGUGAAUGACCUCCAGCUGGUCACAGAGAUCUUUCAGAAACCCCUGAUGGAGUCUGAGCUGCUGACAGAGAAAGAGGGUGCUAUGAUUUUUGUUAACUGGAAGGAGCUGAUUAUGUGUAAUAUCAAACUACUGAAAGCGCUGAGAGUCCGCAAGAAGAUGUCUGGGGAGAAGAUGCCCGUGAAGAUGGUCGGCGACAUCCUGACUGCCCAGCUGCCGCACAUGCAGCCCUACAUCCGCUUCUGCAGCUGUCAGCUCAAUGGGGCUGCCUUGAUCCAGCAGAAGACGGACGAGGCCCCGGACUUCAAGGAGUUUGUCAAAAGACUGGCAAUGGACCCUCGAUGUAAAGGGAUGCCACUCUCUAGUUUUAUACUGAAGCCUAUGCAACGGGUAACAAGAUACCCACUGAUCAUUAAAAAUAUCCUGGAAAACACUCCUGAAAACCACCCUGACCACAGCCACUUGAAGCACGCCCUGGAGAAAGCGGAGGAGCUGUGCUCCCAGGUGAACGAAGGGGUGCGGGAGAAGGAGAACUCCGACCGGCUGGAGUGGAUCCAAGGCCACGUGCAGUGUGAAGGCCUGUCCGAGCAACUUGUGUUCAAUUCAGUGACCAAUUGCUUGGGGCCACGCAAGUUUCUGCACAGUGGGAAACUCUACAAGGCCAAGAGCAACAAGGAGCUGUAUGGCUUCCUCUUCAACGACUUCCUCCUGCUGACCCAAAUCAUAAAGCCCUUGGGCUCAUCUGGCACGGACAAGGUCUUCAGUCCCAAAUCGAACCUGCAGUACAAAAUGUACAAAACACCUAUUUUCCUGAAUGAGGUUCUAGUAAAAUUACCCACUGACCCUUCUGGAGAUGAGCCCAUCUUCCACAUCUCCCACAUUGACCGAGUCUACACCCUCCGAGCCGAAAGCAUAAAUGAAAGGACUGCCUGGGUGCAGAAAAUCAAAGCUGCUUCAGAACUCUAUAUAGAGACUGAGAAAAAGAAGCGGGAGAAGGCGUACCUGGUCCGUUCCCAAAGGGCAACAGGUAUUGGAAGGUUGAUGGUGAACGUUGUUGAAGGCAUUGAGCUGAAACCCUGUCGGUCACAUGGAAAGAGUAACCCGUACUGUGAGGUGACCAUGGGCUCCCAGUGUCACAUCACCAAGACGAUCCAGGACACUCUGAAUCCCAAAUGGAAUUCCAACUGCCAGUUCUUCAUCAAAGACCUGGAGCAGGAGGUCCUCUGCAUCACCGUGUUUGAGAGGGACCAGUUCUCCCCAGACGAUUUUUUGGGUCGGACAGAGAUCCGUGUGGCCGACAUCAAGAAGGACCAGGGUUCCAAGGGCCCAGUUACAAAGUGUCUCCUGCUACAUGAAGUCCCCACAGGGGAGAUUGUGGUCCGCUUAGACCUGCAGCUGUUUGAUGAGCCAUAGGGAGCAGGCCCUGGUGUGCUGGUAGACUUCCUCCAGCCCAAGGCAGCAGGUGCGAUCUGGACAUGGGGUUGCUUUUCUAAGACCACCGUUGGAUGUUCAGCCACAGGGCAACGGAACAGUGAAGACAGGCCCCUCAAAACUUUUAGGAAUAAUUCUCGACAAUCCUUCCCCCGCCCCCAAACAAGUUCCCAUUUUAUGAAGCAGAACUGUCUUCCUUCGUCCUCACUGCAGGCCUCAUCAUGGCUUCUAGGGUCUUUGAAAUCCCAUAGACCCCAGCUAGAUUUGGUUGGGAGUCUGGCCCAUCCCUGGGCCCGAGGCAUGGGUCUGGUCACUGUAAAAUAGAUUUAUAAAUGCAAUGUCUGUAUUUUUGGAGAACUCAUGUAACCUUCCACCAGUCCCCAGAUAGGCCCCUGGGCCCAUGAUGCCUAGUCCUUCGUGUGUUUUAGAAGUAACUAUGAAGGUCUUGCCAUUGCUUCAGAAUCUUAUUCCCCCACCGGGACCUUAUUUGAAAUGCUGCCCUGGAUAUGAUCAGUCGGGGAGGUGGUCUCCAAAUCAGACAGUGGGCUAGCUCUUUGAAGAGCUGGUCCAUGGAAGAUUCUAGCAGGUGCAUUGUUAGAGCCCUUCCAGUGCCCUCCAGGUCUUUUUAUUGAUAGAUGUCAAUGAAAACUAUCACUAGCUACCUUCAGGUGACCCAGUUUUGAUUUCCAGCAUGCUUGGAAGAUGGUUAAGGAAGCUUGUUAUCUACAAAGUUAUACUUUGUUGGAUUAGAUCACCACAGGUCACCUGAAAGGCUACUUUACAAUGUCAUUGGGCCCUGGUUGCCAGCCCGGUUGGAAAAUUCUCUUUGGUUUGGAGGUCCUAUGAUGUUUCAUGACAAGAGUAAUCGCUGGUGACCAGUCCUGAGCCUGCUUUUGCUUGAAUGUGCUGGAUCCUGAUUGUCAUGGGAAAUUCUAGCAGCUGUCUUUGGUGUGUUCCCAAGAAAGAAACGUCCGCAAGACGUGAAAAAGAAAAGUCACGAUCCGGAAGUGGGAUGGAAAGAUGUAAAGGAACUCCAUUACAUGCUGGGGGGAAGGCCCUAGGAGCAUACACGCCUCACAAAUCUGGGGAGGAAGACCCAAGACUCGUUCCCAUAUUCUUCCAUACGCAACCAACCUCUCAGUAAUGGAAACCCAUGUGCUUGUUGCCAGAGUCAGGAACGUAUGACCAUGUGCCAAGCUGUUUGAUUUGAGUUCUUUGAUUUUUUUUUCCCCCCUUAAUAGCCAGGAGAUAGGCUGGUUAACUAGAUAAUAACUCGAUUUGCUAAUGAAAAGUGUGGGCCGUAUUUUGUUCGCAUGUUAAUGUUCUCCUAAUCCCAGUUUGUUGUGGUCAUGACAUGUUCUUUGCAUGUUCUCUUGGUACUGGAGUCCAGCUUUCCUGUGUUAGACAGUGUUCUCUUCGAUUGUAGGUCCUAAUUUAACUAGGGUUGUAGAAGUGCUUUGUUAAGUGGUAGCAUUAACAUAGUGGCCGAGUCUCCACUUUGCUGGGAACUGAAUGCAUAGUGUCAUAAUUUCCCAUAAGAGCUCUGUCAUAUUUCAAGCAAUUUUUAAAAUGUGUGUGUUAGAAAGGGCGACAAAGUUUACAUUUCAUACUUUUAAGAAACACUUUAUUAUUUAUUUAUUGAAGAUAGUGUAGAAUUUUGUAUCGCGAACAAACAGACAUGAGUAUUUUUUAAAACAGACACACCCUUUAGUUAGAAACUUUCAACUGAACACUGUUACAGACCAAGGUGAACUUCAGGCAUGCAUUUGUUUACCACUUCCCAGAAGAAGAUAUAGUGAAAAUACCUUAGGUUUAUAUUUUUUUGACGUUGUUAAGAAACUGUGUGGAAUUAAAUCUAUAAAUAGACAUACAACUUAUGCUUUCCUAUUUCUAUACCCAAUACAGUUUGUUCAGUGUA